AUGCCAACAAAACGCAAAGGGGCUGAUUUGAACCGUAAUACAAGUAAAUCUCGAAGCUUGCGAAAUAGAAGAUCCGAAAGAACCGAAGAACAAAUCCAGCAACAAAAUACUGAUGCACGUGUCAGAAUGGCGCAAUUGCGUCAAGAAGAGUCAGAAGACACACGAGCUGAACGCAAUGAAGUAAUAAGAUUAGAACAACGACAAUCACGCCGUUUCACAGUCAAUAGACGCAGAACAAAUGACCAACAACGACAACAGGUACAUCGAGCAUUUACAUCUGAUUCAUUCCUGCGUCUAGCAUUCCAGUAUGAGCCCGAUAUUGAAUAUUAUGCUCAUUCAAAAGUGGUAAUUGGUGCUAUGGACAAGGAAUGUCCGCAUUGUCAUGCUCUGAAAUUCAAAAAUGAGCCAGCUGGGAUGUGUUGCGCGUCAGGAAAAGUGCAACUACCUGAAAUUGAAACACCAUCUGAACCAUUGAACGGUUUACUUAUCGGCACGGAUCCAGAUUCUAACGUGUUCCUGAAGUCAAUUCGAACAUUCAAUUCAUGCUUUCAAAUGACAUCGUUCGGAGCAACAGAAAUAGUUCGAAAUACUAAUGCAAAUGGUCAACAAUACAAUUCUACAUUCAAAAUCAGAGGCCAAGUUUAUCAUAAAAUGGGCUCACUGCUGCCAAUGCCAAACGAACCACAUACAUUUUUACAAAUCUACUUCAUGGGCGGCGAGGAUUCCGGAAGCGCACUUGCCAAUCGCGUGAAUGCACGUUGUGAUUAUAAUAACCUUGAUUCAUUUUAUGCCAGACGCAUCGUCAGCGAGCUGGAUGCUCUAUUGAAUGAGCACAACGAAUUGUUGAAAAUAUUAAAAUCACACAUGCACAAAUUACAAAGCGAUAAUCACGCUAUCGUCAUUAAUCCUGAUAAAACACCAGCUGGAGAGCAUAUUUGUAGAUUCAAUGCACCCGUUGUUGAUGAUGUUGCUGGAAUCAUGGUUGGCGAUCGUACAGGUGCACGAGAAAUUGUGAUUCGUAGAAGAAAUAAUAAUCUUCAGUUCAUUGCUGAUACACAUCGUUCAUAUGACGCUCUCCAAUAUCCGCUAAUAUUCUGGAAGGGACAAGACGGAUAUUGCAUAAACAUAAAACAACGAGAUCCCGUAUCAGGUACUUCAUUGAUUAUGAAUUUGAUCAUUAAUCAUUUAACAAAACAAUUAAAUUAUUGAACGUAAUUAAUUUAAAUUAAUUUUUAUGAAUAUAUUAUUACAGGAGCUGAAACAAACAAGAGCGUUAGCUCAAAGGAUUAUUAUGCGUACCGAUUAAUGAUUAGACGCGGCCUGGACAACGUCAUUCUACGAUGUCGUGAGCUUUGUCAACAAUUCAUGGUCGACAUGUACGCGAAGAUUGAGGGCGAACGACUACGAUACUUACGAUAUAAUCAACUAAAGCUGCGUGCGGAAGAGUACAUUCAUUUGCGAGACGCUAUCAACAACAACGCCGACGUCGCCGAAAUUGAUAACCAUGUAAUUUUACCAUCAUCGUACGUAGGCAGUCCACGUCAUAUGCAAGAAUAUAUACAGGAUGCUCUGACUUUCGUACGCGAAUAUGGACGACCAUGUUUAUUUAUCACGUUCACAUGUAACCCAAAAUGGCCAGAGAUUGCAUUUUGCUAUUGCCUGGCCAAAAUGCAAUACAUCGCCAUGACAUUACAGCACGUGUGUUCAGACAAAAGUUGA